GGUGGUGCUGCUGUACAUCGUGGGGCUGCUGGUGGUGGUGCCGCUCUGCGUUUGGGAGCUGCAGAAGCUGGAGGUUGGAAUUCAUACCAAAGCAUGGUUUAUUGCUGGGAUAUUUCUGCUAAUGACUAUACCAAUAUCUCUCUGGGGAAUACUACAACACUUAGUCCAUUAUACACAACCUGAAUUACAGAAACCAAUAAUAAGGAUUCUAUGGAUGGUGCCGAUUUACAGUUUAGACAGUUGGAUAGCUUUGAAAUACCCCAACAUUGCAAUAUAUGUGGAUACAUGUCGAGAAUGCUAUGAAGCUUAUGUCAUCUAUAAUUUUAUGGUUUUUCUUUCAAAUUAUCUAACCAACCGGUAUCCAAACCUCGUAUUAAUAAUAGAAGCGAAAGAUCAGCAGAGACAUCUGCCACCUCUGUGUUGUUGUCCGUCGUGGGCUAUGGGAGAAGUUUUAUUAUUUAGAUGUAAACUGGGGGUUUUGCAGUACACUGUUGUCAGACCAUUUACUACCAUUAUUGCUUUAAUUUGUGAACUAGUGGGAGUGUAUGAUGAAGGAAACUUCAGCUUCAACAAUGCUUGGACUUACUUGGUUAUACUAAACAACAUGUCACAGCUAUUUGCUAUGUAUUGUCUGGUGCUGUUUUAUAAAGUACUACGUGAAGAACUGAACCCUAUCCAACCUGUUGGCAAGUUCCUUUGUGUGAAGAUGGUAGUUUUUGUUUCGUUCUGGCAAGCGGUGCUCAUUGCAUUGUUGGUGAAAGUCGGUGUUAUUUCUGAGAAACACACCUGGGAAUGGCAAAGUGUGGAAGCUGUGGCUACAGGCCUACAGGAUUUUAUCAUUUGUGUGGAGAUGUUCCUGGCUGCUAUUGCGCAUCACUACAGUUUCUCCUAUAAACCUUAUGUUCAGGAGGCUGAAGAAGGGUCAUGCUUUGACUCUUUUCUUGCAAUGUGGGAUAUUUCUGAUAUAAGGGCAGAUAUAUCAGAACAGGUUCGAAAUGUUGGAAGGACAGUUUUGGGCCAGCCAAGGAAAAUGUUUUUUGCUGAGGAUCAUGAACAGAACGAACAUACGAGUUUACUGUCUUCAUCUACUCAAGACCCAAUUUCUGAUGCUUCUUCAAUGCCAUCUUCACCCAUGGGUCAUUAUCAGGGGUUUGGACACACUGUGACACCUCUCACAACACCGACGGCAGCCCCUGCAGUUGAUGGUAUUUACACUUCUGCUAUUCGAGAUGCUGAGGAGUCACCUGAACUAGAGCACAGUUCAUCAGAGAAAGCUUUGAAUAAAAGUUAGACUCACCUUUUCUUUGAAUGUGUCAAGGAGUCUGUACAUACUUGCCACACACCUUCUGUUAAGGUGUACUAUUAGUGGUGAAAGUUGAAGAGCGUGGAAAAGCUGCUGCACAGGCAGGAAGAGGAUAUGGCUGUAACUGACAUCUGAAUUCUGAAUCUAUAAGGGAUGCGAGUAUCUGUGAGUACCCCACGAAUAGAAAACACGCACACUGUAAAGAUCUCUGCAUAUAUCUGAGAAUCAACUCCUUAACUGCUAAACACACAUCAUGUCAAAAUUACAGACUUUUAUUAAUACAGAAGAAACAUUUGAAAAAAAAGCUUUUCUAAAGCUGAAGUGUAAGUACUACUAGCAAGGG